AUGAACUUUCUUUCAUUGGUGUUCACUAGUGUUUCAGAUACGAUUCACCGAUCCGAUACCGAAGAGAGUAGCGAAAAACGGCUGAUUUGUCCUUCAAAUAAAAACCAGUUAGUUCAGAUGGAAUUCUCACCUGCAUUUCAUGAUCCUCACUCGCAUCAAAAUGAACAACAUGCUUCUCCCAUGUCUUUACCACCAUCAGCUGCACCACGAAGUGUUGCGCUCAAAGAAGAAGCCUAUGCAGUCAAUAUGGAUACGAUGCCAACAAGCACGACGCAACACUAUCCAUCAGCUGCUUCGAAAAUCACUACCACAAUGGGCCCACCAGCAUCAGUCUCUUCCUACAAUAUAAAUUCUGUUGCACCAGCAACUCCAUAUUCAGCUGCUGCUGCUACACCUUUCACUCCUCGUCCAGCAGAUGUUUCUCAUCUACAGCCAAGUUUACAAAACAUCGUCUCAACAGUCAAUCUUGGCUGUCAACUAGAUUUGAAACGCAUCGCCCUACAGGCACGAAAUGCAGAAUACAAUCCAAAACGUUUCGCUGCUGUCAUCAUGCGUAUUCGUAAUCCGCGCACAACAGCAUUGAUCUUCGGUUCGGGCAAAAUGGUCUGUACAGGCGCAAAGAGCGAAGAAGCUUCAUUACAAGCUGCUCGACGUUACGCUCGAGUCAUUCAAAAGCUGGGCUUUCCUGCAAAAUUUAAAGAUUUUAAAAUUCAAAAUAUGGUCGGAAGUGUUGAUGUGAAAUUUCCUAUUCGAUUGGAAGCACUCGUUCUAAAACAUUAUCAAUUUUGCAGCUACGAACCCGAAUUAUUUCCUGGUUUGAUCUAUCGAAUGAUGCAUCCAAAGAUUGUUCUUCUCAUAUUCGUGUCUGGCAAAGUGGUGUUAACUGGAGCGAAAGUUCGUCGAGAAAUCCACGAAGCAUUCGAACGCAUCUAUCCUAUCUUAAAAGCUUAUUUUCAACGUAUUUUCAGAUUCGACACUCAGUUUCUGGUUCGUGGACGUGGAACUUCUCGUGGUCGAGGUGGAGGUCGUGGACGAGGUGGAGGUCGUGGACGAGGUGGGGGUCGAGGUCGAGGACGCGGUCGAAGUACGGUAACUGGUCGUGGUGGACGACGUUCGGGCAGUCGAGUAGCCCGAUCAGUCGCGAUGGAUACCGAACAACAAGCGAAUACCACUGCUCUCACUAAUUUGGAUAUAAAUACCGAUCCUAAGCCUUAUUUUGUAAAUCCGAAUGUCACACUAGACCAUCACAUUCAAGCACAAACAACAAAUUUAUCACGUUAUCUAGCUGCGUUCUUCUCUCUCGAAAGCAAUAGUGUCGAAAUAGGUCAAAAGGCCAAGGCAUGUGCGUUAGCUGCUGCUUGGUGUAGACACGAUCAUAAAUUAGCAAAUAAUCUUCUACGUCAUCGACGUUUAUUCACUUUAACCGAAGUUCUCAAGGCUGUAACUAUGCUAGAUGCUGGUCGACAAAUCCGAGUGUAUGAAAAGAAAUUAAAACGUCUUGAGUUAAGCAAAACCAAGCCGAAAGUAACUAAAUUAGGCAAAAUUAAAAACAAUAUCGACAAUUUGAAUAAACUAAAGCCGUCAUCCGGUUCAGCUAGCGGUGCUGUUGCUCGCCACAUUCGGCACUGGACACGAACAUUAACUAAACAAGAACUGGAGUACUUUGCAUUACAUAUGCCUACAGAACCGUGGAAAAAACUAGCAGACAUCGUGCAUUUUAAUCCAACUAAAGACUUUCCAGCGCUACCAUGGUUCUUGUCAUUCUGUUUCGGUACACCGGCACCAGCAGACACCAUGGUUGCGCGUUGUCGCGAUUUAACAAAUGAGAAUGUCAACGAUCUCUUGAAAGAAUUUGCCAUUCCAUAUUCGCAUUUGAAACAAUUCAAAGAGAAACUAACGGAUGAAUCAAAAGCAAGAAUUGCAGCUAAGGAAGACAAACUUGAUACCAUUCUCUGGUAUUAUGAAGAUUUACGAUGUUCGGCGGUUGAUGAUAUCGUUCUCGAACGAUUACGUGAAGGCGAAAAAGUAACUUUACCGUAUGGUAAACUUAUGGAGCGUCUAUUACUUUGCCGAUUAUUACGCGAGGGUGAAUCGACAACUGGAGGACGCUAUGGCCGUCGAGCCGCUCACAGUGCAACAGUUAAUGCAACGCCUGCACAUCCGGACUUGGCUAAAUUCUAUCCAGAUUUAAUACCAGUUGCACAAGCACAACUGGAAAAGAUCAAACUGCCAUUAGAGUCACCUGUCGCAGUCAUUGGUGAUGCAUCAGGCUCAAUGGAAGUUGCUAUUCGCACAGCAACUAUUCUUUCCUCGCUGUUGACCGCAAUUUGCUCAGCAAAAUUGAAUUUCUUCAAUGAUAAAGUGUUCCAACCGGCUUUCAUUCCUAAGACACUCGAAGACGUUUUGUCGCUAGCUAUCGUAACACGAGCUGAUGGUUCAACUGCCAACGCUGCCGGUUUGGUACCGUAUUACGACGCUAAAGAAGUUAUCAAAACAUUUGUUAUGGUCACAGACGAAGAAGAAAAUGCUAAUGGUACCACAGCUGAUGGAGCAUCCUCCCGAUUUUUUGAAUUAUUCAUGAAAUAUCGUGCAGAAGUUUAUCCAGCUAAACUUGUCUUCAUUUCGUUUCUAUCCCAUCAGCAUGCUCAAGGUCAAAUGUAUUCACAAUUCAAAGCUGCUGAUGUUCCAGAUGUUCUUCAGUUCAAAUUCAACCGUGAACGACCAGAUUUGACCAAAAUCGAUAAUCUUAUCGGUUUAUUGUCAACCGGCUCCACAACAUCGUUUGACACUAAUCUUGAACCAUUACAAGUCGAGUUCCAAGAACAAGGUAUCGAAGCAGUCCUAACUAAAUUGAUUGGAAAACAAAGUGAGGACGGUGCUCCGAUAGACAUGGGCAUGGACACCACACCAGCGAACUAA